AUGAAAUUUUUCGCAGGACUCAUCGCUGCUUCCAAUGCAACUCUCUUGUUCGACUCUCGAAUGCAUCCGAGCGAGGGAGCGAAAUGCUUCAUCGCCUGCCAGCAGGAAUUGAUCCAGACUUAUUUCAAAUGUGGAGCUGAAUGGGGCUGGGGAAACGAUGAUUUCUACAGGUGCUACGCUAAGGCUGAAGAGGACUUCAUGGAUUGCUAUUUGAACGAAGAAACUGGCUGCGAUGAAGGUUGUGGACGAAUCUGCGGCCCCGAUUUCUUCGCUGGAACCGACUUUUGCUAUGAUCUCAUUGAUCAGGGAAUCAUCGAGGGCGACAUUCCUCUUGCUCUUUGCAUCAACAAAUUUGCGCUCGAAUUUGUCUCCUGUCUCGAGGGUUGCGUUUGCGAUAUGCAGACUGAGUGCACUUGCCAGCCUGUGGGUUCGUCAUUUAUGCAGCUCACUGGAGUUCCUGAACAAAAGCUCCAGAUUUGUGUCUACCCAGAAGAACCAGAAGAAUAA